CUCCUGCCUUUGCUGGCUGUCCGGAGGCGCCAGAGCCGUUCUGCGCGGGAAUUCCGAAAAAAGGAGAAGCCAUGGCCCAGCAGCCCGGCCGCGCGGGAGGCAGGCGGCCUUUCGAGCUCUGGGGCUCGUUGCUGCCGCUGAAAAGAGAAGGCGCUGCUGCUAAGGAAGAGGAGGAGGACGACGACGAGGACGACGACGACCCCGAGCCUUUGGACAUCACCUCCGAGGACUCGGGCCAGGGCGUGCGCCCGCGGCGCAAGGCCGUUGUAAUAAAGGAAUUAAACACCGAGAAGGAGUACGAAGUGGUUGGACGGUUUCCAUUUGUUGAUCCUUGGUGGAAAGUAAAUAUUAAAGUUAAAAGAUCUGGAUCAAAGUACUUUAUGCAAGGUUAUCCAUCUUAUUAUCUACAGAUCGAUACAGAGGAAAAUCAAAAAGCAAUUAUUUCACUCUUAUUUAAAGCAUGCACUGUUCCAGAUCCAUUUCGAGAUGAAUUUUUUAAGUGGCUUCCUGAAGGAUCUUCUCUAAACUUAACAAAUCUUGAAGAAAAAUUGGAAGAAUUUAAGGAGUCAAAAUGUAGAGAAAAACAAAGAUCUGCAGAUACCAAAAUCUUUGACAUUUUUUAUUAUAUCAAGUAUUCAGAUGCAGGGAAAGCUGUGCUGGCAGCGUUGUCCUAUCCUAUUAUAUUGGAAUUCUUGCCAAAACUUCUGCCACGCAAUGUUUUUGCUUGCAUUGAAUGGUUUGAGUACAACACAGUCAAAUGUGAAGGUGACAGAUUGACAAGAUUGGAUAAAAUCUUAAAGGAAGAGCCAUGGAAACUUGGAUUUAACCCAAUCAUGUACAGAGAAUUUGGCGUCUACCUUGCUGAGGCACCUUUGAAGAAUUUAUGUGAGUGCAAACACCUCUUUCAGAAAAUUCCUGAGUUGCAGAAGAAUGCAUUAAUAGUAUAUGAGAAACUGAAACAGAGUUGUAGAAAUGAUGGACAUACAUAUGAAGAACAAGAUGAGUUGACACGCAUGGUAUCAAAGAAGAUGUCUGUAGACCAGGCCUGGAAAGCACUUAGGUUUAUGAAAGAUGAGGAGAUAGUGAUAAUGGAGAAAGAGCGUGUGUUCCCUGCCAUUUUGUACAAAUUUGAAAAGCAGAUUGCAGAUGUUGUGUGUCACCUCACAGAGAAUCCUCCAUGGCAUUUGCACGUUGAUGUGAAAAAGAUUUUUAAUGGUGGUUCAUCUAUUAACAAGACAAGGGACUCGGAGGUUGAGAGUAAAAUAAAUGAUGAGGUGUUGUUCUGUGAAAUGGAUCAGAAGGAAUCCAGCAAUACUUGGAACGAAAACUGUAGCAGUGAUUUGGAUUCUGAGGAGGAAACUGAAAGGGAAGAAUCAACAUGUAAAGCAGAGGCAGAUCCUGAUCAAGAGAGUGCUGUACAAUUGGUCUGUUCUAAUCCAGUGACAAUCAUAAGUGGCAAAGGUGGUUGUGGAAAAACAACAGUGAUUAGCAGCCUCUUCCAUUACCUAAUGCAGACAGAAAAAGAAGAAGUUGCAAAUGCUUGCAAUGAUUUUGAAGCUGACCUGGAUGCAUCUGAAGAAUGGAAUACUUUCCGCCAUUCAUCUAAUCUGAAUAGAAACGACUCUAUAAAUGUCUUAUUUACUGCACCUACAGGAAAGGCAGCUGCUCUUUUGAGUAAGAAAACAAAACAAGCUGCUUAUACUCUUCACCAGGUUAUCUACAGUUAUUAUGGCUGGAGGGAAAGCAAUGGAAAAUCACCAUGGAAAUUUUCUACUGUCAAUGUAUUGGUGGUAGAUGAAGGAAGCUUGGUGCCAGUAGGAGUCCUGAGCCGUGCUUUAGAGUACUUGUUCUACUCUGCCAGACUUACAAAGCUUGUUAUUCUUGGUGAUGUUAGGCAGUUACCUAGUAUUGAGCCUGGCAACAUGUUGGCUGAUAUUUUUGAGAGUGUGAAAUCGAGAGGUUGGUGCAUAGAACUGAAAACAAAUCACAGAGCUGAGUCACAGUUGAUUGUGGAUAAUGCGACAAGGAUCUUUCAGCGGAGGUAUCCAGAGUUUGAUGAAGUCUUGAGAAUUUCUGAAGAGAGUAAAAUAUGGCCAGUUGCAAGCUCUGAGAAAAAAUUUAUUUUGAUUCUUUUGCCUCCUGGAGAUGGCAGUAACUAUUUACAAAGUGCCAUAACGGCUUUGCUUGAAAAAGGGCCAGGAUUGAAAAAUCCUAGACAAUCACAGUUCAUUACUUUCAGAAGAAAAGAAUGUGACAUCAUAAAUGAGAUCUGCUGUAGGCACUAUUCACACCAUCCAAUGCGAGACCAUAAAAACAAACUGCAGUUUCUGUGCGGGGACAAAAUCUGUUCCACAAAGAAUGUGUACCUCGAAGACCUCCUUCCAAAACAAAAAUCUGUUUGCACAAAGAAUGAUAAAGGUCCUGAAGAUUGUAUUCUUGAAGGCUCUGAAGAUUCUGAUCCCUGCGUUAGCCCUGUGUGCAUAAGAAGGGCUUUUUGCUGUGGCAAAAAGACACGUUCCCCUCCAGACGAUGACAGACGCUUGUGCAAUGGUGAGAUAUUCUUCAUUAAAGAGGAUAAAAAAAGAGAUGAUGAGCGCAUCCUGACCAUUAACAUUACUGAUGGACCUGAGUAUACUGUGCUGUAUCAAGCUCUCCGGAGAAAUUCUAAGAUUAAGCACGCUUGGGCAAGAACUAUUCAUACAUUCCAGGGUUCCGAGGAAAAAACAGUGGUCUACGUAGUUGGGAACUCGGGUCGCCAGAACUGGCAGCAUGUUUACACAGCUGUCACUCGAGGACGCAGCCGAGUCUAUAUUGUUGCUGAAGAAGCCAAGCUCCAGGCAGCGGUUGCUAGAAAAAGUUUUAGGAGAAAAACCUAUUUGUGUAAACAUAUGAAAGAGGUACUUGUGGGAAAAAUCAACAGUUCUCAGCAAUCAUCAUCACCUCAAAUGACUCAGCAGAAUCAAGAGAAUAACACUGGGGACAGUGGUUCUCCUACUAGAAAUAAUUUUACCAAUGAAGAGGAGUCUGUUCUUCCCUGUCAGAUGGAAUGUGACCAUGAACCAGGGAGAACUAAUGAAGAGGCUGGUACUUCAGGGGCAACAGCGCUUACUCCAAGUGAACACAAAAGGCGAAGUGAAUUUCCAGAUGAUUGUUCAAGUCCUUUAAAAGUAACUUUGGUAACAGAGGAUAAUAAAACAUCUCCGCUUGCAACCAACUUACUUCGAAGGAUGACAUUGAAGAGUCCAGCUUCCAAGCAACUUUUUUAUUCAUAACAAGUAUAGUUUAAAUAAUAGAUUCUUUGUAUUCUGCACCUCUAUUUCUCUUAAGUUGAAACAGCUCUGAAGGAAACUACAAAGUAUUUUGACCGGAAUUCUAUUGUUUGCUUACAUAGGGGUUGCAUAACUUGCUGCAGCUAAUUAUGGCUAAUUGGACGUACCAGGAUGCAUAUUAGUUGCACAACUGGGCUUUUGAGCAGGAUCACAUUCAGUAUAUAUACUGGCACCUCAUAAAUUAGCUGCAACAAGUUAUGUGAACUUUAAUAAGAUUUUGGCCAGUGAACUUUCAAAAUAUAUUUUUAAAACUUAAAAUAUUAUUAGAUUUUAUUAUUAAUUUUUUACUCUCUCUUUUAAAUGACAGAAAUGUAGUCUGUAUAUGAAGGCUGAACAUUUUUAAGUCACUCCAGAUGUGUGGUGACUCUCUGGCAGCAUCUCAGUAGAAGCAAAAAAGUUUUUGUUAACAUGAGGUGGGUCUGGAGGGGUUUUGCACAUCUACAAAUCCAAGUGGGACUUGUUGAUGGCCAAUGAGAAGCUGCUGCAAAUUAUACUCUUUGCCUUGUGCAGACAGAACUCCACAACAUGAUUUUGGACAAUAUUUAUAAAAAUGUGUGUUAUCAAAUAAUUCAGUUUUGCUUUGCUUUAGUUUUAAGUGACUCUUUUUUUUGGGGGGGUAACUGCUGUUUGCUUGUAUUUCUUGGAUACAAAGACAGGGGGAAUGAAUGUCUUUCAUGCUAAGUGCACCUUCUUAACCCAUUUUAGAAGUCAGCAGGACACUGCCUGCUCAAGCAUUAUGAGCGGCUGCCUACAAGGGCUAUUUACCUUCCUAUCUUGUUGCAAACUUUGGACUGUUUGGCUGGAAUAAAUAAAUUCUGUGAGAGUUGCUUAACAGGAUACAUAAACAUAAAUGCGUCAUGCUCUAUUUUAUUUGUGUAAUUAUGCCCCUCAUUUAAAGGCACUGUUAUAAUAAUGACAAAACGAGUCUGUUAUCUGUAUGUAAGGAAUACUUCACCAUUUCUUUGCUUCUCUAAGGGAAAAUGAUAGACCUUCACGUCCCAGACAAAGUUGCAUAUGGAGAAGCUCUUCCAUAUAGUGAACGGCCUGUUGAGCAGGUUGUGGCAAAUUGAAGGAGGUUUUUACAUUGGUAAAACUCAUGUUUUCUAAACCUAAACAUUGUGUAAUGUUGAAUAAUGAUGCAAGUUGAUGAAAAGUUGUGGUGAAGUAUCUCAUUUUUUUUAAAGAGGUGUGUUCUGUGGAAGUUGUUUGGCUCAUAGCAGUAGCAGGUUUCACACCUUUAAGGAUGUUAAUGUUAAAUCUUGAAUGACCCAAGAUGCAUACGCCCAUGUUGGUGCUUCUUGUCUCCUACCCACUGAAUACUGGAGACUCCCUUUCCACUGGGGAGACAGAAAAGUUCCUUUUCACAUGUCUCCCUCUACUUAUACGUCUAAGGAGCAAAGCCACUGUCUUUAAAUCACUGUUUAUUUGAUUUUUUUACAUUUUCCAUACAAAUUUUGUAACAGUUGUAGUUCCCAGAAACCAUACAUAGACGAUAAAUAUCAUGCUAUUAAAGUAUUAAAUUUGUACAAAAAUACUUUAGUUUAAUACUCAUUUGUUUCAAAUAAAAAUACAUAUUAAGUGGUUCAUGGUCUGGGUUUUGAUUUCAUUUUGAAUGAAUUUUCUCUGGCAGUGCUGAAAUAUAAAUAAAACAUUUUAUGUGUGUGCAUGGGGGGGAAGCUUGCUCAUAUUAAGGAAAACAGCAUUAGGGAUGUUUUAACAAUGCAAAUAGAUGAGCCAAAUUGGUAGUUAAAAUGAUAGAUUAGAUACAAAAAUUCUACAGUUAUAGACAAAUCCAGGGUCCUUCCAAUCACCAAGUAACAUUAAUUACUAGGACAAUACAGUAAACAAAACCAAGCAGCUGCUGGUGAGCCUAAAAAAGCAACUGGCAUUUUAUUGCUUUGAAUGGGAAACAGGAAAGAAUUUGGGAGUGUGUGUGCAAAAUGUAUUUACAGUUUUAAUAUUAUUUGCCAAAAAUGGUAAUGGUCAGUGAAAGAGAUCCAACAAAGCUAUUUGAAGAUGAUUUGAACCAAUGCACAGACAGUUCAUUUUAAUUCAAAAAUCUUUUGUAGCUAUACAAGUUGUGUGUGCCCUAAACUGGGCAGCUCAUAUCGUUUUGCAUUAGUAUUCCUUUGCUAUCGCAAUUCAGAUUUAAAAAAAAAACACUAUUUGAAUGUCUGUGAUAAAAAUUUCUUUUAAAAUUUCACUAAAACUUAUUUAACUGUUUUAAAAUUCAGUAGAAGUCCCAGAUACCUAAAAGUGAGAAGUCUAUACAGGCUGCAAGACACAUCCUCUUCAGUUCACCAUUGCAUAGGGCAUAAUGUAACUCCUAAUAAAAUCAUACUACAGCUGGGUCGUAAAACUUUAUCCUCUUGCAUGUCAGCUUCCUGUGUGCAUCUUUGCUAAAAUAAUUGUAAAACGAAGCCUUCUCCU